UUUAAAAGCAUCGGUUGCUGGAGCGACACAUCAGUUCGAGCAAUAAAACCACUGGAGGGACAACACCCACUACUUAAAGACCUGGAUUACAGAUCCCGUGUAAACGCGCUCAUGAAAUGUGCUCAGGUAUCCCUUGAGAAAAACCUUGAAAUGUUUGCAUUACAAAACGGGGGACAGUGUUUUGGAGAUAAAAACGCAGAGACUUCCUUCAGGAAAUAUGGACCAAGUACAGGCUGUUGUGGUAAAUAAACAUAAUGUAGAGUGUUUUAAGGUCUGAAACAUGUAAGAUUUUAUUGUGGUAUAUUAAGCCUGUAUUCGGCCUUGUACGAUUGAAGCAUGGUUCCAAAUUACCAGUGAACCAAUAACCUGGUAUUCCGCGGGUAUGCCACCGGGGAUUGGCAAUUUUUUCUUUUACCUGGCUGUCUAUUCUCCCCCUCUCUUCGGGAGCAAGUAAUAAUUCCUCACACCCAGGACUCCUCAUCGACCACACGACCACUAAAACUUUGUUUUGUGUACAAUACCAAAACCAAACCUAUUAAUAGAUAGUUCAAUGCUUUUCUAAAUUUUACUAAACAAUAAUAAUAUGACAGCUAACUUGAAAAAAAAUACGAAAAAGCACUACCUGCGCAUAAGCGUACAAUCCGCAGAUAGUCAAGUAUUAAUGGUCAAUAAAGGACUUUCAAACACCCACUUUUCAAUCAAAUUCCAAAUAAAUUAACGUUCUAUAAUCAUGAUAAAUUAGGAUUUGAUUAUAGUUGAUACACUAUCAUCAGCUGUUCUUAUCCUUUAGUUUAAGUCAUGGCUAAUAGAUUAUUUUUGUAAAAUGUUUGUUUAGGAGAUGGAGAAGGUGGACAGUGGAGCAACGAGGUGUACAGGUAGGUAAUAAUGCUUUAAUUAUUUCGUGAAGCCUUGUUUAUGUAUUCGGCGAUGGCUUUGUAUUUUUUACAUUGCAGUUUCCUAGGAAAUAAUAGCGAGCCAUUAGUGAAUGCUAGUUACAAUCCCUGGUCUUCCUGGUCACCAUGCUCACAGACUUGUGGCAAUGGCAACAAUACUGCGGUGCAAACGCGCAAUCGCACGUGUUUUACGUCACAGGUCACUUACAUCACGCCAGGUUGCGGAACUACAACCAUCGAGACUCGCCCAUGUGGAGUGCAGAUUUGUCCUGGUAAGGCGUAAAACUUUCCUCCUUUAUUUGAUAUAACAAUCAAUUUAUAAAUGAUACGGCGGCGUUUAUGCCAAUUGAUUUUGUAGGUGUCAAUCAACAGAUAAUGGACAUUGGGUCCAAGAUGAGAUGUGUUCUUAUUGAUGUGGGAUAUGUAUUUGGUAUAACCAGUUUUUCAAACUCUUCUACACUUAGACUUGCCCAGUAUGAAUGGGCACGAACUGGUCAAUCGCACAGGUCUCGUGUGAGGUGCCCCACGUACGUACCCAAUCCCACAACACGUGAAGGACAUACACUUGGAGUUGCAUUGCCAAAGAUUGUUACGCCUCUGGUAGUUAUUUGUUACGGCAUUCCACAAGAGUCAGAUCAGUAGAGUGCUGUGAUAUAGCGCCUAUCGUUUAUAGUCGUCUGAGAAGAUUAGAAAGUUUAUCCAUUUGCAGGUGUCAGAGCAAAGCGGGGUAGCAUUUUCUUUCCACGUGUUUUUUUAAGAUCCUGUAUGAUGGUCUGGCCGGGAAUCGAACCCGAGGCUACCACUCCCAAAUCGUGGUACUAAACCAGUUGAGCUAACAUUCGGUGAUAUGGAAUGGGUUGUUGGGAUGGGUUUGUCUUUUUGCUGUAACACUUGCGAAAGAUUGAUUAUAGCGACCAUUGUUAUACGAAGCUCCAAACUAAAAGCAGUAGCUUUAGUGUUGGAGUUAAAGGAGUUGUUUUGCGGCAGUUUAAAAAAAUUGGACCCUUAAAAGUGCCCAUGUUCUUGUGUGUUUUCAAUAGUCCCUACGACUCCGCCAACCACACAGCCAACGACUCAGCCAACUAGUCCAAUGACCCAGCCAACGACUCGGCUAACUAGUCCAAUGACCCAGCCAACGACACAGCCACCGAUUCAAUCAACUCCGAGGCCCACCCCAGCAAGUAAGUAAAAUAGUAGCGGUUAAUAAAGAGACGUUGCGUUGUGGCCUGCGAAAAUAAGAGCGCCGUAAACGUUUGGUUGCCAGAUUAUGUGAGAACUCAAGAGGUGCCAAUGCAGUUGCUUUGGAUUCCUUAAAUCAUGAAAAGCUCUCACUUCCGAUAUUACUUAGUAGUAUCAGUUGUAUUAAUCAGGACGUGAUUUGAGAUCAGUAAUAUCGGACACUGAAACGCAUUUUUAAGGAAAACAGGGUUACUGCCUCUGAGAAUGAACAAAUAACAUCAGAACUUGAAGUUACAUUUGACAAAAUGUUCUUAAAACGAUAAUAAACGCAUAAUAACUUGCAACCAAUGGGGUCGUAUGGGGACAGCAUGUUUAUCGUCAACAAUGAAUCAUUGUUUUGACAAAUAAACCUUUGUAACCUAGCACAUAGUUAAGGAAACUGUACGUUAUGUACUAGACUAGGGUAGAGACCGCCAUUUGUCCAAGCAUCAUGGUCAGCUCAGCCACGUGCAUAAUCUGUAUGAAGUUUGUAGUACCUGGUCUGGGUUGUGCAAUUACAUAAUUAAGUUUCUCGCGGUUUUUAAGAAACAUGCAUGCGACUCAUCACUGGCUCAGAGAAAUUGGAAUGAUUAGAGGGAGACCUUAAGGAUAAACGGACUUAAACUUUACUAAACUAAUAAUUUAUUUUAGCCCAACAGCCACCUGCUGCAGCAUUGAUAGCCCUGACCACGCCUUCAACACCUUCGUCAGGUAAACUGUAUCUGUAAUUCUCUUGUUUCGAAAGAAAAAUUGAAAUUAGAGUUCAUCUAUUCAGUUCUGAAACUGUGAGUUUUGGCUAACCAAUAUGUCUAAAUCCGUUAUAAUCCCCCUUUCUGCCAGUUAUUUUUUGUUUUAAAGAUUUUCCAUAUGGAGCAGAAUCAUCCUACCAAACAAAUUUAUUGCCGGACACACACUCAAAGACAAGCAUAUCCUUCUAGACAAAUGAAAACCAUUGCCAGUGUUUCUUUCUAAAAUAAAUCAGGAAAAGCAACUUUCAUCUCCGUGGAAUGAAAUAAUAUUUAAAAUAUUAAAUGAAAUAAAAUAUACCCCAAGUUGAUACAAACAUGACAUUUUAGGGUACUGACUUACUGUUUGUAGGCUGAAAUGAAAUUAUCGGUGAUUAGUUUCAAAACCAUAUGACCUAAUCAAGGAUGCAUUUGAAUAUUAAUCACAGUCAGUGGUAGCCUCCCCGCAGACGUCCUUUGGGGUUCGUUUGUCACGCAUUCAUUGACAAACGAACCCCAAAGGACGUCUGCGGGGAGGCUAAGUCAGUGGUUUCUCUUCUAGUACUAUCUUGGCCCACACUAUAUGAUAAAAUUUCAGUUCUAUACAAAUUAACAUCUUAGGUUCACGUAGGAUCUAAUGGCUCUUUCCAUUUGUCAGAACUGGCCGGCCGGACCAGUCAGUUAGCAAAUGAAAUCGGCUUUUUUCAAGGGUUUUUGCUGAAAAACUAUCUCCUUCGUGCACACUAUUUGGGACUUGACUGAUCGGUCUGGAUAGUUUUGAUGAAAAGUGAAAUUCUCAUUACGACAUGAUUGGUUUGGCCUGUCAGUUCUGACAAAUCGAAAGCGCCUAAAGGAAUCUGAGUCAACAAUAGCCUCUCGAAUGUUAAAAACAGUUAAAUAUAACAAAUAUAGUAAUUUAACAUUUUUCACCAUUUUUUAGUCUGUACAGCCAAAGUAGAUCUUGGAAUUUUGAUAGAUGGUUCUGGCAGUAUAGAACAAACGGGACCUGGGAACUUUAAGCGGGAACUUAACUUUGUAAAGCAGAUUGUCAGUGCAUUCGAAGUCUCCAGAGAUGGCACACACGUUGGGAUUAUAAUUUUUUCUAGCGAUGCCAAGGUUUGUAUGCAAAUUUUUUUUUUCGUCUGGUAAUCAUGAGCUUGGUAUCAGUAUUAUUAGUCAAUUUGAACUGGCAAAGUUCCUUUAGCCUUGGACCCUAUGAAGAAAAUAGGCUAUUAAAGGGAACAGUAUUCUAAUAAUUGAAUUCAUAAGUACAGUACUGGAAAUACAGCAAGUGAGCGAAAAACUGGUUAUAAUGUGCUUUUUAAUUUUAAUACCAUAAAAAAUAUUAUUAUUCAUCCAAAAUAUUUCCCCAAUUCUGAUUGGCUAAAAGCACACGCAUAAUUCCCCAUAACCAGUUACUGAUGACCAAAUUUGGAAGAAUUCUGUGUUUAACAAGGAAAUCAGGUCAAAAAUGCAGCCUUCUGCAGGUUAAGGCACCGUUAACCGACAAGACCUGGGGACAAGGUUGAGUUGUUUUGGUUGUGAAAAAAAAUGGCGGACAUUUCACUCGUUUUCAAGAGUAAGAACUACAGCUGGAACUAAGCGAAAUGAUAACUAAAAACAUGGCAAAAACAGCAAGAACACAACUCAGAGGGCGACAUCUGCUAUUUGGAGAAUAUUUGCGGAGCUGGACAAACCUAGACGUACAGUAUCGAAGAUGAACUUAACAUCGAUGCAGGUAAGCAUGUUUCAGCUAUGUUUUUAAACUAGGAAUUAUUUUGAAUGAAUAAUAAAGCAAUUAAUGAAUUCGGCUUUCGUAGGAUAUGAAGAAUUAAGCAGAUCUCGGAGGGUGUUAUCCACCUCGGCCUUCGGCCUCGGUAGAUAACACCCUCCUUGAUCUGCUUAAUUCUUCAUAUACUACUCAGCCUCAUUCAUUAAUUGCUAAUUAUACAAUUUUGAUAAUAUUGUUUUCUAUCUUUGGCCUAAGCCUCGCCGCUAUUCCUGCUUGUCCGAUAUUAUAACAGUUUCCAUUAUUUGACCAAAUCAUUCACAUUCCUCGUUAGGCCCGGUUCUGUGGCCAAAAAAACGAUCGGCAAGCCGCGUUUUUUGCACUUUUUAGGUAGUUUCUGGCUUUGAUGAGCACUAUGACGAAAGCAGCACCUUA